AUGUGGCGUAUGCUGGUGGUUUUGCGACGAAGUCUACAAAAUAUCAAGAAAAGCCCCAGAGUAGCUGAUGAGAGCAUGUAUGGUGGAGGAGGGAAUAACAACAAUAAUAAUAAUAAUAAUGGGGCUGAGAUGCCAAUUUUCAUAGACAGGAGAUCCCGUGGAUCCUGGAAUGGUUUAUCUGUGAUUUGCAGUGUUGUUAGAGCUCCUAUUUCUUUAGUUUCUUGCUUCUCUCAACCCCAUGUUAAUGGAGCUGAUGGAGUUUGGGUUUCCAGUGAAUUUGCUCAAAUUUCAGAGAUGAAUCAUUUGAUGAUAAUGGCUAGUGAAGGUUCAGGGGGUGUUGAUAGGGCUACAGUGGAGUGGUUCUACAGGAAAGUGAGUGGCCAGUGCUCUAGUGAAUAG